AUGAGACGAGCGGUUCAAAGGUUCCUACCCUCAAGAUCUCAAGUACAAGGUUCCACAAACUCGAUUAGAAAAUCUUUGAAGUUUGACAGUAUAAAUUUGAUACAAGAUUUUUACAUAGAUUUAGAUGAACCACAUAAGGUAUUCAGACCUGGUGAAUCUAUAAAGGGAACUAUUGUUUUGGACUUGAAGAAAAAUAUAGCAGAUAUCAAUAUAACAAUGACCUUGAUAGGGUUCAUCAAGAUUAAACAGACCAAUAACACAACAACAGUGAGGAGUAAACCAAAUUUGUUAUUCCAGCACACCACAGUAAUAUAUGGUGAAGAUUCAAAUAAAGAAAACUGUCAAGAUCAUCAAGAAACUGAAAGUGACUUGGAUGAUGAACAAACAUUGUCGUUAUCAGGUUUGAGUAAAGGUGAACAUAGAUUUCCAUUUUCAAUAAAGCUUCCCAGAAAGAAUAUUUAUACAUCCAUCACUUUUGAAAAAGGUUCAAUAUCAUAUUCCCUUAGAGCAUCAAUAAACCAUAAUCAAGCCUCACCACUAUCUUCCAUAGCAUCAUCCCCAGCAUCCUUACAAUCACAAUCACCAGGAAGUCUUAUACCCAAUCCUAAAAAUUCCAUUCAACACUGUGAUAAAAAUUUACAAAUCAUUGUGCCUAUAAAUGUUGCCAAAAUACCCAAACCUAGCACAAAAGUUGCCAUCCUGAAACCUUCAGAUAAAAAAUUGAAAAAAACAGUAUCAUCCACUUCAACAGUGAAUUCAAAUGUUACACAAUUUACAGUAGCUAGUGAUAAUAGUAUGGAUUCAAUGAAUAAUCAAUCAUCUCAAAACAAUCAAGCUUUACAAAAUGGAGCACCUCCAGAAGUUCGUUUAUUUGUUGAUAUAACAGAAUCGGGAUUUUUGAGGGGUGAAAUGAUUCCUUUGAAAAUUAAACUACAUCACUAUAAGCCAAUUCAAUCAUCAAGUGGAAUAAUUGCAACACUUAUCAGAAUAUGUCGGGUGGAUAAUGGCCCAGAGGCUCCAAUUCAAUCAUUUAGAAAAGAUUUGGCACAAACCAUAGCACCCUUAUAUAUUGAUCCAGAAAGUCUAACUUCUGAAAUAUCUACUUCUUUGAAGGUUCCAGUUGAUGCUUUCCCCACUAUAGUUGGUUCAGACCUUGUCACAUUCCAGUAUUAUAUUGAAGUUUUGGCAAAUAUUUCAAGUAAAAACUUAAUAUCAAGUAAUGGUUCAAGUCAAGGUUCAAAAUCUUCUAAAAAUAAGUUUUCACAUUCAUUAGUUUUCAAUACUGAAACUCCACAGGAACGGGAAAUGUUACGCUCUGAACAAGGUGUUUUGAAUGUUGAUAAGUUGAAAAGAAUAAAGAAUUUCUUGGGUUUAAAUACUGAAAUAAUUGUGGGCACUGAAAGAAAUCAUAAAAGA